GAGAGAGGGAGAGAGAGAAGCCUGGCAGUCCCUAUUUAUGAGCCGUGCUUUACUUUCUACCCAACACUCGGCCCGAUUCGUCCGCCCAACGCGUCCAUGUCUCACUACGGAGCUGUCACCUACAGGCCAGUUUGCCAGUGGGUGAACUGCUACAACAACAGCAUUCCUUUCAACGCCGUACCAGGAGGCAACGACGGUGGUGAAACCAUCUAUAUCGGCCGCGCUCUACAAGAUGGCGACGUUGUGCCGGGAAAAGUGGUUCCAUCUCACAGCUGUUGCUACGUGUCCUACAGCGGUGCCGAGCACUGUCAUCGGCAGUACCAGACGCUGGUCUCGGAAGGCAGCCAGUUCGACUGGGUGCCCGCGUCUGAUGGACGCCUGGCGAACGGCGCAGUCCAAGGCGGCUCCUGUUCCUCGGGAGAGCCCCUCUACAUCGGUCGGACAUUCCACGAGGGCACCCUGACCAUUGGGAAAGUCCAUCCGUCCCACGGUUGCCUCUACAUCCCCUACGGAGGAGAGGAGCACCGGUACAGCGACUACGAAGUACUCGUCUGCAAGUCCGUUAACUUUUGAACGCAGAAAAACCAAAAUGUCAAGAAGGCGGCUAGUUUGUGUGGCUUUGAUGUGAUAACACAAAAUACGUUGAUUGGAACUGGCGAGUAAAUGAUCUUUCGGAAGAUAAUUGCUUCGCGCGAUUAAAUUAUUUAUUUAGUUUGGUCCUUCGUAUUCAAUAAAUUAAAUGUUGGUCUA